AAAUACCCUGGAAGUAAUGAGGACACAGAUAUUCCAAAAGGAUAUAUGGAUUUAAUGCCUUUUAUUAACAAAGCUGGCUGUGAAUGUCUUAAUGAAAGUGAUGAGCAUGGAUUUGACAACUGUUUACGAAAAGACAUGACCUUCUUGGAGUCUGAUUGUGAUGAACAGCUGCUUAUUACUGUGGCAUUUAAUCAACCUGUGAAGCUUUAUUCAAUGAAAUUUCAAGGGCCAGAUAAUGGUCAAGGUCCUAAAUACAUAAAAAUUUUUAUCAAUCUGCCCCGAUCUAUGGAUUUUGAAGAAGCAGAAAGAAGUGAACCAACUCAAGCUCUGGAACUAACAGAGGAUGAUAUUAAAGAAGAUGGCAUUGUUCCACUUCGCUAUGUUAAGUUUCAGAAUGUUAACAGUGUAACUAUAUUUGUUCAGUCCAAUCAAGGUGAAGAAGAAACAACAAGAAUUUCAUAUUUUACUUUCAUUGGUACUCCAGUCCAGGCAACAAAUAUGAAUGACUUCAAACGAGUAGUUGGCAAAAAAGGAGAAAGUCACUAAGAUACAAAAGACACGGGAAGACUACAUUGCAAUCAGACCUACAGCUCCUGGAUGACUGCUUGAUUCUCGCCAGACUGUCACUAUUCCAUUCAUUGCCAUUACCAAUAAAUCAUUGCUUUUGUUCCGAUGAUA